GUUUCAAUCGGCUCCGCGGCCUCGUUGCUUGCCGUAGAUUGCGUCAUCAAAACAAGCCGACCUGAACAGCAUGGAUGAACCCUCUCUUUAGCUUUUUUGACCUUCUAUAUUUAUACAUUUGAAAUAGUUCCGGUUUGAAUUCAGAUUUCCAGGAUGUCGGCCAAACACGUGUCAGUCCAUGCAAAAUGGAUCAUCGGCAGAGUAAUAGGAACCAAGAUGUACAAAACUGCCAAAGUGAGAGUCACAAGGUUGGUGCUGGACCCAUACCUGCUUAAGUACUAUAAUAAGAGGAAGACCUACUUUGCCCAUGAUGCUUUGCGACAGUGCACUGUGGGAGAUACCGUCCUUCUCAAGGCUCUGCCUGAGCCCAGGUCCAAACACGUGAAGCACGAACUCUCUGAGAUAGUGUAUAAAGUGGGCCGGGUGGUCGACCCGCUAACUGGAAAGAGGGUGGAAGGAACGGAGUUUGUGGAGCCUCUGACUGACCUCCCACUCACCCUGAAAGAGGACUCCACGUUAUCAGAAAAACUGCAGGAGCUCAAUAUCUCUGCCACCUCCAGUGACGUGGAUUCUCCACCAGCACAAACUCCCGCUUCAUGAUAGAAAACUGCAUUCUUUUAUAUGCAUUAAGGUUUGCUGAAAUGUCAGUCUGCAGCUACAUUUCUGUUUCAGCUGUUCACUUAAAUAUCCAUUUAUGAACCAGUCAUACACAUUAGCAAUUCAUGGACAGAAUGCAGAUUCGUUUUCUUCCUGCUUUGGUAGUUUUGAAUUUAAGACACAUUUCUGAUGAAUUUACAAUAAAAUGACAAUGAAAACGCA